UAGUUGUGAACUUAAAAAAUAUAUUUUAUAAAUUGUUUUGAACUUAUAUUUGCAGUGAUUUUAUAGUGACAAUAGUAUGCCGUCGUGUGCGUUCCCGUCGUGUAAUUAUAACGCUCGAAUGAAUAAAGAAAACUCAACCAAAAUCUCCUUACAUUGUUUUCCUAAAGAUGUUAAAAGGAGAAAGGCCUGGAUACAGUUCGUAAAUAAAGAGAACUGGGAACCAAGCAAAGGAAGCAGAUUAUGUACAAAACAUUUUGCUGAGAGGGAUGUAGAUCGGACUUCCUUAGCUUAUCCUAUUCGUUUGCGAGAAAAUGCAAUCCCUACAAUUGGUGAAUCUCAGGUAACAUAAAUAAAUUAUUAAAAUAAUAUGUGUACAUAUUUGCGGUCAGUUUAUUUUGUAAUUAACAGUGAAUUCAACUUAAAAACACGAUUGCAGUGUUCCUCAGUAUUCAUUCCUAUUAUACUCUACACUCUACAUAAUGAUGUAAACUAACUAAUGCCAAAUCACACAUUUUGUUAAUUUAACGUUUGUAUUAAACGUAAUAUUUUUUAAUGUUUAAGUGACUGUAAAAUUAAAUAAAUAAACAAAAUGCAGUAUAUAUUCUGUACAUAGAAUGUACAUUGUUAUACAAAAUAUUCCGACCACCUCAUAAUUUCCAAAACUCAGUUUUUAUAAAAUAAAUUCACCUACUUACACUAGGUUCGCUUUCAAGAUGCAGUAGCAAUAAACAAACCAAGACACGUUAAAUGCUACUAGGAACACUCCCGAAUCAUAAUUUACAAUGUAUAAACUUUGGAAAUCAUGAUUUGGGAUUUACAAUGUAUGUACAUUGU